GCCAGUCAACGGUAACAGGGCAAGACAUAUCCAAGAAGUUACAACGAUCGCGGGUUAAUCUCGAUAUUUUACCAGUUGUUUGUUUAGUUGCUAUCGAUGAGUUAAAUUCUUAACCAAGUGUUUGCAAAUCAGGGAAAUCUAAAUUCAGUGUUGUUGGCUACUCGAAGGUGUAUAACCUCGAAUAUUUUCUCAAAAUUCUCAGUGAUGAUAUUUAAUUGAGUCAGUCAUGGUGAGCAAAGAGGACACAAUCAGGGUGAAGGAAGAGACAAAUAAUACUUGGCUAGAUGAAGACGACGAUUUUAACAUCGAUUCGGUUAACUCUUACGAAUCCAGAAACGUUGAAACAUCAAAGUUUUGUAAAUUAUCAGCUAAUCACAGGAAUGAUGAUAUAAAUUUACAGAAGAAGUUAGAUGAGAAAAUAAUUAUUGAUUUCGAGUGCAAAGAUGUUAAACCUGAACAAAUGUCUUUAUCGACAACCAUAUGCAAAACGGAGUAUCAGAAUUAUUUACCAAUGGUAAACGUAAAAAACGAAAAUCAGACCAAUGACGCGAAUAAUAAUAUAUUCAUUGGUUUUGAGUGCAAAGAUUUCAAAUCAGAACCGAAAGCACUAUCGACAACCAACUGCAAAAUUGAGAAUCAGCUUUGGCUACCUAUUAUGAAAACAGAAAUCGAUGAACAGAAUAAUGACGUAAAUGAAAAUAUAUUAAUUAACUUAGUUGUACCUAAUUUUGGCAAGCCUUUUGCCUGUGACAUUUGUCGCAAGUCAUUUUCAAGCAAGAGUACCCUCCAUAGGCACCAAAAUACUGUUCAUGUUCGGAGCCAACCCUUUGAAUGCGAUAUUUGUCGCAAAUCAUUUGCACGAAAAGGUACCCUAAAAGCUCACGUAAAUACAGUACAUAACUGUAGCAAACCCUUUCAAUGCGAGAUUUGUCACAAAUCCUUUGGUCAAAAAGGUACCCUAAAAAUGCACACAAAUGAAGUACAUAUUCGUAGCCGACCCUUUGAAUGUGAUAUUUGUCAUAAAUCUUUUGGUCAAAAAGGUACCCUAAAAAUGCACACAAAUGAAGUACAUAUUCGUAGCCGACCCUUUGAAUGUGAUAUUUGUCAUAAAUCAUUCAGACGGAAAGGUUACCUCAAAUCUCACAUCAAUACAGUUCAUGAACAAAAUAAACCCUUUGAAUGUGAGAUUUGUCAUAAAUCAUUUGGACAAAAAGCAAACCUGGAAAAGCACAUAACUAGUGUACAUGAUCGAAUCAAACCCUUUGAAUGUGACAUUUGUCACAAAUCAUUUGGACGAAAGCAAAACCUCCAAACUCACGUAAAUGCAGUACAUGAUCGGAACAAACCUUUUGAAUGUGAUAUUUGUCACAAAUCAUUUGGGGAUAAAAGUAAUCGCAACAAACAUAUUCAUGCAGUACAUGAUCGGAGCAAACCUUUUGAAUGUGAAAUUUGUCGAAAAUCAUUUGGCCGCAAAAGUGACCUCAAAUCUCACCUAGUUUCAGUGCAUAAUUUGAAUGUGAGAUUCGUCACACAUCGUUUGCACAAAAUGGUCACCAAAAAAGACACAUAAAUUCAGUACAUUUUUUUAGUAAUUGCCCCUUCGAAAUUGAGACUUUUCAUAAAUCAUUUUGCCGUCAGGGAACUCCAAAAGUUCACAUAAAUACAGUUCUUAAUAGUAGUAAAGAAGGUUCGUGAGAUUCGUUUCGAGACAUUCGAACCCAAUAAAGACUUCUUGGAUUCGACGCUUACUACCUUUACAUGUGUACGUUAAGUAAUUUUGAAAAAUCAUUCACAUAAAUAUCCUUCAAUUUUGUA